GUCUGACGGUGACCGGCCGCCAUCUUAGUUCUAGCGGGACAGAAAGUUUAGCCAAGUCGAGAGUCAUUGCGGUGUAGCCCAAAAAAGUUGAACUGGAUAUAUUGUGUGGUGCGGUAGUUCGAAUUCGACCCACGGAUGACGCGAAGGGCUCCUCACGGCGACGGGUCCUUUUAAUUUUGUGCAGUAACGGUCGUAGGAGUAGAUUUUGAAACUGGGAAUAGUGAAAUUCAGUGUUUUUUGACGGAGGGAAGAAGUGAAAUUGAUGGGAUAGUGGAUGCGAGUGGUGUACGCGGUGUAGUGUUGCUUUCGGGAAAAUUAGACGAAGAAAAAGUGUCCGGAGAAUGCAUAUGUGACGGCGAGCUGGUUCCUAGAGAUAAUCUUGUUGGAAUCAGCAGGGAUAAGCUAGGUUUAUUCAUGUGAAAGUUCAUAAAAUCCGCGGAAAAAUCAACAGUAUAAAGUGCGAAAAAAGUGUUUCUUAUUGAAGUUUAGUUUGAAAACACAAAAAAAAAAUCAUUCAAAAUGACGCGCCUAACCGAAACCAAAUCGGUCAAGGUGGACAACUGGGGCGUGUUCUUCCUGCAGAAGUUGCAAAAUUUCUUCAACAAAACGGACCAUUGCGACCUGACGCUGCAGUUUAACGACAACAGCCAGCUUAAGGUGCACCGGUUGGUGCUGAGCGCCUGUACGGAUUACUUCAACAUGCUGGAGAGUACGUGCGAGAUGUACGACGACGUGCUGAUCAUGCCGCUCGACCUGCAAGCGGAUGUUAUUGUUCCGAUUGUUAAUUUCAUGUACACGGGGACGUUGGAGUUUCAGUACGGGAUCUACGAGAAGCUGCUGAAGACGGCCAAGGACAUGAGCAUGACGGUGCUGUUGAAGCUGCUGGAGGCGCACAAGCAGACGACGCGGAUCAACCAGAACGUGGGGAGGCAGCCGGUGUUGCUGAACAAGCAGGCUCCUUCGGCUCGUGGCCGGAAUCCGCAGAGUUCGUUCCAUUCGGCGCCGUCGAGAAGUUACGGCGCGAUCAGGCAGCCGGCUCCGGUGAAGACGGGGUUGCCGCAAAGGCCAGCGGUUACGAUGGUGAAGCACCAGACGACGAUCGCGGCGUUGACGCCGUCGCACAAAGGGCAGGCUCCGGAUCCGCACGCGCUCGUUUCAAAGUACGGCGCGGCCAAGGGGAAGCAGGGUGCGGGGCCAACGCGGUUCGACGAGUCGGGCGUGCCGGAAACGUUGGAGGGCAACUUUGACGACAUUUCGUACGAGAGUACGCCGCUGGUGACGGCCGAUCAGAUCAAGAAGGAGGAGGAGACGUCGCCGUUCGAGAAGCUGAGGAAGGGCUACACGAACGUGGCGAAGCGUCCCGCGCCGGUCAGCUUCUCGACGCCGGCCGCGAAGAAGCCGAACCUGCAGGAAGUGAAGGAGUUUACGGAGGCGGCAAGGUUGCGCAGUCAGUUGGCCGCGGACGACGAUGAUUCGCCUGGAAUUGCGGACGACACACAGUUUGACGACGAUGAAGAGGAGGAAGGUCAGCAGUCGAAGCAGCUGCCGACGAAACCGAGUCCGAACCUGAAGCAGAUCGUGAUCAAGCAAGAACCGAAGACUUCGCCGGGUGGCGGUGGCGUCAAGCAGAUCACCGUCAAGGACGAGUCCGGCAGCGUUGAUCACGCCAAAAUCAUCAGCGAAGUGCUGAAAAAGUACCCGCACUUGGUCAAGAAGAACAAAAACAUCAAGUUGAAGAUCAUGCAGAAAACGUCGCCGCAGGCGCAAUCAGCGUCCGCAUCCGCCACCCCUUCCGCCCCCGUCAAGAUGGAGGUCCGCACGGCAACCCCCCUCAAGGCGGACAUUUCGAUGGUCCGCCGAGCGACGGAAGCGAUCCGACAACCCGCUCCAGCUUCAACCCCAUCCACGCCCUCGUCGGGCCCGAAAAAGAUCGACUCCAAGACGAUGCACGCGUUGAUUGCGAAGGGCGCGGAAAAUAUGACCGGCCCGUGGCUGUGUCUGCGCUGCGGCAUCGACGGCCGCCCCAUCAGCAUCCCCAGCUACAAGGCGUUCCGCAAUCACCUGAUCGUGAAGCACAAGGAGAAGAUCGACGCGCGGAUUUGCGAGCACUGCGGGUGGCGCGCCGAGCAGCGCAAUCCGAACCUGUUCUACCACUGGCUGACCGAGCACAACAUCAAGUCGACGAUCAAGUUCCCGACGUGCGCCGAGUGUGGGCACGUGGCGAUGAACGCGACGCUGCUGGCCAAGCACGAGGAGGAGAACCACCAGCGGGGCGAUCUGCAGCAGUGCAUUUACUGCAAUAAGGUCUUCGCCAAGGAGAUGGACCUGUACGACCACAUGAAGGCCCUGCACAAGGAGAAGGCCCGCGAGGACGGCGUGAUCGACUUUUCCGACGACGAGUACCAAAUGGAAGAGGAGGGCUUAGAAGACCCAACGCCCUCACCCAACAAGAUCAAAAUCCUCUCCAACAUCAGCAUCACCAACAACGCGGCCCUUCCGUUCGUCAUCGACACGACCGGCGCCCAAACCGUGUCGCAAAUCGGUGGCAAGUCCCAGCUGCAGAUUCAGCAAAUCACGCUGGAACCGUCCUCCGAGGCGGAAGCCCUCUCGAACGUGGCGUCCGGAAUCGCGACCAGUCUGGGACUGGUUGAUGCCAGCGGGGUCGUCAUCGAGGACGGAACGUUCCACCACCAGAACCAUCAGCAGCAGCAGCAGCAGUACAUUGAGCACCAGAUGGCGACGGUGCACGGCGAAACGGGCACGACCACCACGAUCAGUGCGGCCGGAGGGCCCGACCAGCUGACCAAACUCAUCACCGAAGAUGGGACGGAGUUGCAGCUGACCCAGAGCCAGAAGGAGGAAAUCUUCUCCCAGCUGCAGAACAGCGGAAACGGCGGUAACGUCGUCAUGGUCCUCAACGACGACCAGUUCAUCACGGGGGCCGGCCUGCAGCUCGCGGACGGAACCGAGCUGAUCAACGCCGGCGGAAGCACCGCCGACGGCGGCCAAAACUCCAACAUCAUGGUCAUGUACAGCCAGGCUGGGGACGAACUGUCCCAGGCAACGCAGAGCACGGUCACCACGACGACGGUGGCUGCAUCGAGUGGAAAGUCCAAGGAGGCGCAGAAGGUGGCUUCCGUCGUGGAGGAGGAGGAGACUUCGCAGGCGUCGACGCAACCCUCGGAGAAGGAGGUGGAAGCUGCUAGUGAGAAGGGAGAGGACAGUCAGAUGAGCGUUGAUCCGGAGAGCAGCCAGGACAAGGGCGCUGACGAUACGCGCGACUCGGAGGUUGAUGAGGAGGAGGAAGCGGCUCGGUUGGCCAAAGAGGAAGAGGAAAAGGCCGCAAAGGAGAAGGAGAAGCUCAAGUUGAUUUCGGAACUGGAGGGAGAUUGGAGCGAAGAUACGGAGGAGCAGCCUGCGGCGGCGGAGCCGGAUCCGGUUCAGGAGGAGGAAGCGAAGAAGGUCGAAGUUACGGCAGAAAAGGAAAAGCCUGCGCCAAGCAAGUCGAAGGAAGAUCCCAAGAAGCAAGAAGCCGUUGCUGCCGCCACGGAAGAGGCCGCAAACGAGAAGGAGAUCGAUCGCCUGCUGGACGAGUGGCACAGCGAGGUUAAGGCCGACGAAGCGGAGGAAGCGGAAACCGCCGACACCGACCUAGAGAAGAAGCUCGAAAAGGUCGUCGGGGAAGAAAAGACUGAGGAAGAACCGCCGGCGAAGGAGGACGAAGAACCCGCGGCCGCUCCCGCUGAAGAGGCGGAACCGUCUGCGGCCACGACGUCCGACCAAACGCCGGACGUGAGCGUGGACGAGGCGAGCAUGAACGACAGCGAGACGACGCAGGUCGUGAUUGUGGCCGCCGAGAGCGAAACGGACACGUCGAUGCGCGAGGACGAAACGAGUCAGCAGGAGGAGGAAGCGACCAGCGUUGACGAGAAGAAGCAGGUUGAGGAGGAGGAAGCGGCAAAGGAAGGCGAACCGGAAGCGAAGGACAACGGAGAGGCGGCGAAGGAGGAGGUGAAGGGAGAGGAGGACGGUGACGACGAAGCGAAAGAGCCCGAAGAGGACAAGACCAAGUCGAAGGAGGUGGUCAACUCGCUGCUCGGAGAUUGGGACGAGGAUGACGAUCUGUAAAAGAGUUGACGAUUUAUCGAAAAUAAGUUAGAAAUUGUAAGCGACAAAGUGACUUUUUAGAAAAGAGAAUUUAUGUGCUAAUAUUAAUUGGUAGCGCAGGCACAGAAAAGUUUACAAAGGGAGUCGUAAUAGCAUUACACUGUUACUAAUUUUAUAGAGCCAGUUCUAUAUGUUUCAAUGCUUAUUUUGAAUUGAUAAUCGUAAAAAUAAUAUAUAUAGUUUCAGUUGUAGAUUAGUUGCUUAAUUUUCUUGAUGCUUCUUAAAAUAGCAAACACAAAAGCUAUUUAAAGAACCAUCAACUUUGAUGCUUUGCAUGCAAAUUAACAUCGCGUUAAUUGCGUGGAAGAUAUCGCCUUUAAAAAACAUAAGAAAUUUUACCUUUACUGAAAUGCGCAAACAAUUUCGGUGUUGGUAAAAUUUCGCACUCAUUAUUUUACCUAUUUUCAAAAAUACUAAAAGAACCAGUUACAAACGAAUACAUUACAAAACAUCAGCUAGCGAAUAAGUUUAAUUUUCUUACAAACUAAAAAAGUACUAAAUAGACUUGAUUAUGAUUUUUUGAAAUUAUUUUAGCUCAUAAGAGUAAAACAGUUUUAGAGCUUCUUCGUGAGCCCCCAAACAAAUAAUGUCUAUCGAGUUUAGUUCGGUGUAGUGGAAUAAAUAGAAACAGAUUAUAUUGAAUAAAUUUA